AUGGCAACAGAGGGCAACAGUGGACCAGCCAGGUGGGCCAUGGCAACAGAGGGCAACAGUGGACCACCGUGGGCCAGCCUGCUGCGCCAUGGCAACAGAGGGCAACAGUGGGCCACCGUGGGCCAGCCUGCUGCGCCAUGGCAACAGAGGGCAACAGUGGGCCACCGUGGGCCAGCCUGCUGCGCCAUGGCAACAGAGGACAACAGUGGACCACAGUGGGCCAGCCUGCUGGGCCAUGGCAACAGAGGGCAACAGUGGACCAGCCAGGUGGGCCAUGGCAACAGAGGGCAACAGUGGACCACAGUGGGCCAGCCUGCUGGGCCAUGGCAACAGAGGGCAACAGUGGACCAGCCAGGUGGGCCAUGGCAACAGAGGGCAACAGUGGACCACAGUGGGCCAGCCUGCUGGGCCAUGGCAACAGAGGGCAACAGUGGACCAGCCAGGUGGGCCAUGGCAACAGAGGGCAACAGUGGACCAGCCUGCUGGGCCAUGGCAACAGAGGGCAACAGUGGACCAGCCAGGUGGGCCAUGGCAACAGAGGGCAACAGUGGACCAGCCUGCUGGGCCAUGGCAACAGAGGGCAACAGUGGACCACAGUGGGCCAGCCUGCUGGGCCAUGGCAACAGAGGGCAACAGUGGACCAGCCAGGUGGGCCAUGGCAACAGAGGGCAAAAGUGGACCAGCCAGGUGGGCCAUGGCAACAGAGGGCAACAGUGGACCAGCCAGGUGGGCCAUGGCAACAGAGGGCAACAGUGGACCACCGUGGUCCAGCCUGCUGGGCCAUGGCAACAGAGGGCAACAGUGGACCACAGUGGGCCAGCCUGCUGGGCCAUGGCAACAGAGGGCAACAGUGGACCAGCCAGGUGGGCCAUGGCAACAGAGGGCAAAAGUGGACCAGCCAGGUGGGCCAUGGCAACAGAGGGCAACAGUGGACCAGCCAGGCGGGCCAUGGCAACAGAGGGCAACAGUGGACCAGCCUGGUGGGCCAUGGCAACAGAGGGCAACAGUGGACCAGCCAGGUGGGCCAGCCUGCUGGGCCAUGGCAACAGAGGGCAACAGUGGGCCAGCCAGGUGGGCCAUGGCAACAGAGGGCAACAGUGGACCAGCCUGGUGGGCCAUGGCAACAGAGGGCAACAGUGGACCAGCCAGGUGGGCCAUGGCAACAGAGGGCAACAGUGGACCAGCCAGGUGGACCAUGGCAACAGAGGGCAACAGUGGACAGCCAGGUGGACCAUGGCAACAGAGGGCAACAGUGGACCAGCCAGGUGGACCAUGGCAACAGAGGGCAACAGUGGACCAGCCUGGUGGGCCAUGGCAACAGAGGGCAACAGUGGACCAGCCAGGUGGGCCAUGGCAACAGAGGGCAACAGUGGACCAGCCAGGUGGGCCAUGGCAACAGAGGGCAACAGUGGACCAGCAAGGUGGACCAUGGCAAACCGAGGGCAACAGUGGACCACCUUGGUCCAGCCAGGUGGGCCAUGGCAACAGAGGGCAACAGUGGACCAGCCAGGUGGGCCAUGGCAACAGAGGGCAACAGUGGACCAGCCAGGUGGACCAUGGCAACAGAGGGCAACAGGGUUUGGGAACAGAACCGUCACAACGGCGUCGGGAUCAAAGGCAACAGGAACGGCGAACGGAAUAUUACCUUUGAUUUAA